AUGGGGUCUACCGCCGUACUUCCAUACAUGCAGACGAAGCCCAAAAUCAUCUUCUUCACUGACUUUGAUGGCACAAUUACUGUGGACGACAGCAAUGAUUAUAUGAUCGACAACUAUGGAUUCGGCCGUGAGCAACGCCUCAAAUUGAGUGACCGAAUCCUCGAUGGAACACUCAGCUUCAGAGACGCUUUCCGCGAGAUGCUUGCAAGCAUCAAGACCCCGUACAACGAAUGCAUCGAUAUCUUAUUGAAAAACAUGAAGCUUGACCCGUACUUUGAGGAAUUCUACAACUGGGCCGAGGAGAACAAUGUGCCUAUUGUCAUCUUGUCCUCCGGUAUGGUACCGAUCAUCAGUGCCUUGCUUGAGAAGUUUCUCGGCCACAAGCCUCGCAGUCAUAUUACUAUCAUUGCCAACGACGUGGUAAGUCGUGAUGGCAAGGAUAUCAACAGCGAAGGUGGCUGGGAUAUCAAGUUCCGAGAUGAGAGCCACUUUGGCCACGACAAGAGUCUCGAGAUCAAGCCCUAUGCGGCAUUGCCAGAAGGGGAACGCCCAACUAUGCUCUACGCUGGUGACGGAGUUUCGGAUCUGUCAGCUGCUGCAGAGACCGACCUUCUAUAUGCCAAAGAAGGCAAAGAUCUCGUGAUCUUCUGCCAACGUCAGGGCAUCCCUUAUAAAACCUUUGAGACUUGGGAGUCUAUCCUUGCUGAUACCAAGGAGAUCUACAAGAACGGGCUUAGCAUUUAG